AUGGAUGCUGAUUUAAAUGUAACAUAUAUAACUCUUGGUGGUCAUGUAGAAGUGCACAAAUAUAGAUAUCUUUACUUUGUGAUCAUGUUCACAGCAUAUAUUCUGAUAAUCUGCUGUAAUUCAUCCAUCAUAUGCCUUGUCUUCAUCCACCAAAACCUCCAUGAGCCUAUGUACAUUUUCAUUGCAGCUUUGUUACUAAACUCUGUUGUUUCGAGCACUGCUAUCUACCCAAAGCUUCUGAUUGACUUUUUAUCUGACAAACAGAUCAUAACAUAUUCAGCCUGUCUCUUUCAGGUUUUUAUGUUUUACUUUUUAAGCUGUUCAGAGUUUUUAUUGUUGGCAGCCAUGUCUUAUGACAGGUAUGUGUCUAUAUGUAAACCUCUGCAAUAUCCAACCAUCAUGAGGAAAACCACUGUCAGUAUUUUGCUGGUUUUAGCUUGGCUUGUGCCUGCUUGUCAGAUUUCAGCAGCAGUUGUGCUAAAUAUUAACAACAAACUCUGUAGCUUUACUUUGAAAGGUAUUUAUUGUAAUAAUUCAGCAAACUUUCUUUACUGUGAACAAUCAAAAGUACUAUCUGUAUAUGGUAUAGUAGUUCUACUUAAUCUUGCACUUUUCCCGAUGCUCUUUAUUCUUUUCACGUACACAAAGAUCCUCAUAAUAUCAUAUCGCAGUUGUGGAGAAGUCCGCAAAAAAGCUGCACAGACAUGUUUACCCCACCUGUUAGUUUUAAUCAACUAUUCUGUUUUACUUACAUAUGACGUUAUUACAGUUAAACUGGAAACUGAGUUUCCAAAGACUGUACGUUUUGUAAUGACUCUGCAGAUUGUCAUGUAUAAUCCUCUCUUUAAUCCAGUCAUAUAUGGACUGAAAGUGAGAGAAAUAUCCAAACACCUGAAAAGGUUGUUCAGUCAGGCCAAAGUGAACUAA